AUGUCUGGUUCAAAUACUCAAGUGUUCGCCCUCUCUCGUGUGACGUUGGCAUUAUUUGAAGAUUCGGGAUGGUACAAAGUGAAUUACGACAAGGCCGAAGAUAUGGAGUGGGGAAAAAAUCUCGGUUGCGCGUUCGCCACCAAGAGUUGCUUGACGUGGAUGAAGAUGAACCCAAGAAAUCCCUACCCAUUUUGCAAGAAAAGAAGGAGUGCUAGAUGUUCUCCUGCACGAUUAGAGCAGCGUGGGUGUAACCUUCUUCUGAUGAACAAAACUUUUCCGCCUCCGCCAGGUUUUUUGCCGGAAUACGACUACAAUUUAAAAAACCUGUACCAUGAUGAAAAAGGACAGCCAAUUUCUGGAUAUGGAUCUUCGACUAUAGCAGAUUUCUGUCCCUACUAUAUGAUUAUCUCACAUUCAUCACGCUGCUUUUCUAUGGAUGCAGCUUAUAAGGCAGACGAGUACGCCUCAAAUUUGGAACAGCUCCAUGCUGUCGGUUGUUUUGAGGUCUGUUUUGAAUGA